CAGUAAAAGUUUUUAUUUAAUCUGACGUCAUCAUUGUCUAUUCGUUUGGUGCUGCGUAUGCGACGUUACGUGUAAGGACCAAUAUUGAAAUCUUGAAAUGGAUUGUCGAAGUCACUAAAAUGUGUCUAUAAAUUGAUACAUUUGAUAUCAUUCCACACGUUUCCUGUAUAGAAAACUGCCUUUUUUUCGUUACCGAGUCGAAAAUCUAGUCUUUAUUACAUAUAAUCAAGAUGGCGGAAGAAACGUCGAGUAGCGCUGGUGACGUUGAUCAGUCUAAUCAGAGUUUCAUUUGCGGAGUUGUCGAAGGAUUUUAUGGAAGACCAUGGACACCAGAGCAAAGACGAGAUUUAUUCAGAAAGAUGAAGAAACUUGGUUUGAACACAUAUAUGUAUGCUCCUAAAGAUGAUUUCAAACAUAGAGCUUAUUGGAGAGAAUUAUAUACAGUUGAAGAAGCUGAACAUCUUACUAGUCUUAUACAAUCUGCAAAAGAAAAUGGAAUUACAUUUUAUUAUGCACUAUCUCCAGGAUUAGAUAUAGGCUAUUCAAAUUCAAAAGAACUUGCCAGUCUAAAGCGCAAACUGGAACAGGUAUCACAAUUUGGAUGUUCUGCCUUUGCCCUUUUAUUUGAUGAUAUUGAACCAGAAAUCAGUGAAACUGAUAAGGAAGUGUUUCAGUCAUUUGCUCAAGCUCAAGUUUCGGUUGCCAAUGAAAUUUAUCAGCAUCUUUCUCAACCAAAAUUUCUUUUUUGUCCAACAGAAUAUUGUGCUGCCAGAGCAGUUCCUAACGUUCAAAAUUCUGAAUAUUUAAAUACCAUUGGUAAUAAAUUACUACCUGGAAUCAAUAUAAUGUGGACAGGAUCCAAGGUUAUAUCAAAAAAUAUUACAGUACAAUCAGUACAGGAAUUAUCUGAAGUACUGAAAAGACCACCUGUGAUUUGGGAUAAUUUGCAUGCUAAUGAUUACGAUCAAAAGAGAUUAUUUUUAGGACCUUAUUGUGGUCGUUCAACUGAUCUUAUACCUCAUUUGCGUGGUGUGCUAACUAACCCAAAUUGUGAAUAUGAAACAAAUUUCAUUCCUAUUCAUACAUUGGCACAAUGGAGUAAAUGUAAUGCAGAUGGCAAGCGAGAUCUGUCAGUCAAUGAUUCUGUAUCUGCAGACAUUAAAUUAGAAGCUGAAAGUGAAAAUGGUUCUGUAGAAGAUAUUCCAUCACAUAUUGGACCAAAUACAUAUCAUCCAAAACAUGCUCUGAAAAUAUCUAUUAAUGAGUGGCUACCAGAAUUUUAUCGCACUAAAAAUGCUUAUGGGCAGGUAAUACCAGCUCCAUUUGUUCCAGCUCCAAUUCCUGCUUGCCCUCCUCCAAUGUUAAACAGUGUACUUUCCAUUGCAAUGGCUCCUCCUGGAACUCAACCAAUUUUACCAGGAGGUAUGCCACCAAAUGCUCUUGCACCAGACAAUUCUACUUUCCAGCCAUUAAGUAAUGAAUUAGUAAAUUCUCUUAUAGCACCAAGACCAGUUCCAGAAGUCAAAGAGGAUGCUAUUUUAGAGCCAAUGGACUGUAAUCCCUCCCCAAGUACAUCACCUAAACAUAAUGAUUCUCGUAUGGAUCAACCAGUUAGUCUUGAUGGUGAAUCAAAAGACAUUUCUAAUAAUGAAGAACAACAAAAUGGUGGCUUAGAAAGUAUUGAUACUGCUGAAGAAAUGCAGACUGAAGCAGUUGAUAAUGCAAACCCAAAUGAUGAAGAUGAUAGACAAUUGACAUCUGAAGAUAUAGCUUUACUUGUUGAUCUUUUUUAUUUGCCUUUUGAACAUGGAAGACAAGGUGUACAAUUUUUACAAGAAUUUUUUUGGUUAAAAACACAUGGUCACACUGUGUCUGAAAAUAGGAGGAAAACUAAAGCAGAAAUGCAAAAUCCAGAAGUAGAAGAGUGGUACAGCAGAGCCAGUAAAUUUGAUCAGAUGACACAAACUGUUGGAAAGUUACUAAUUCGUCUAACAUAUUGUCAGAAUCGUUCUUUGCUAUAUGAUUUAUAUCCAUAUAUCUGGGAUAUCAAAGGUGUUAUAUCUUUGCUUAACUCCUAUGUAAAGUGGACAGGUAAGCAUUUUAUAUAAUUUAAUGAUGAAUUUUAUGAUUAAGUUUUUGAUGCUACUGUGAUUUCCUACAAGCAGUUUGAGACAAUAUUGGUUUAAUUAAUUUUAUUUCAGUUUAAUAAAACUAACAUCCCAUUUCCUUGCCUACUAUUUAAAUUGCAAAUUAUAAAACGAAGUAAUUUGGGAAAAGGUGUUAAAAAGUUUUUAAGUACAUUUUUGUUAAAUAUUAUCAUUACUAUCA